AUAUAGUAUAAUAUGUUAUGUAAAUGACUUGGUAAAAGUUUCAACUGUAGCAAACUUGAAAUCUCUCACUGUUAUAUGAAGUGAAUUGAUAUAUACUAUUUUACUAUUAAUAAUUGAGCAAAUCCUUUAUCUAAAGAGGAAGUGAAUUCAAUUAAAGGUAAUUAAGGAGCAGGGAGGAUUUAGGGGGCAUCUUGUGCUAAGAUGCCCCAAGGAUAUGCUGAGGAAUUGGUAAUCAAACCCAGAACUGUUCAGCUGGUCACCCUGUUUCCGUUAAAAUGAGAGUUUUAUAUUCUUCUGAUUCAGGAUUUGUCUUCAAUCAUUUACUUUAAAGGUAGCCAACUUAUUUGUGUUACUUGACUACUAUAUUUGUAUUAUUAUGAUUGAAGGAACGAUUCACCCUGUCAUACUUAUUUAAGUGUGGCCAAAUGUGUCCUCUGGAUAACGUAUUCAAGACUUGAGAUAGUUCACAGUGCUUCCUGUUGACUCCUGUCUUGUGCCUCUCAAAGUGUAGUGUUGGGACACUCAUCUGUGUUUGCUUGGGCAGUAGUCAGGGGCUGCCACACAUUGCUAAUGCUGCUCUUUGAAAGAUACUUCCCAUGUUUUAACCCAUAAUUGAUAGUAAUGUACUUUGAGGGUUAAUUAUGCCCCUAAUUUAAAUCCAAAGGGACAAAAGUAAAACGACUUGGAGGCAGUUUUCUCUUUCUGGAGAAAAAUAACAACACUUUUAACACCAAAUAGUUUGGCAGCCAAAAUCAUUAUGAGGUGAGCUCAACAUAUUGGCCCAUAAUCCCCUUCAAAUGACCCCUUGACUGGGCUUCCAAGUUGUACUAGCCUGUUGGAUGAAUAUUUAUGCUUGAAGCAACCCAAGUAUAUGAAGAUAAAUUCAGUGCAACAAGUUACAAUUAUUUAAUUUUUACUAAACAAAACAAAUUUCUCCUAGGAAUGGCCUCAGCUAACACUCUCUGGUCUGAAGAGAACUUUUCAUGUCCCAUAUGUCUGGAGUUGUUCAACCGCCCUGUUUCUACACCAUGUGGACACAACUUCUGCAGAAUCUGUAUUACAACAUUCUGGGAUAGCCGAGUCCAGUACAAAUGUCCUGGUUGCAAUGAGCUUUUCCAAACAAGACCUGAUUUACGGGUCAAUACUCUCUUAUCAGAGAUGGUUGAUCAGUUCAGAAGGUCUGUACGAGUAAAAGAGCAGCCUUGUGUUAAACCAGGAGAAGUUCCCUGUGAUGUCUGUACUGGGACCCAGCUGAAGGCUGUGAAGUCCUGCCUAGUGUGUCUUCUCUCUUACUGCCACACCCACCUGGAGCCCCAUCAGAGAUAUGCAGGCCUGAAGAGACAUCUGCUGGUCAAUGCUAUGGACCGUCUGGAAGACAGGAUGUGUAAGAAACACGACAGACUUCUGGAGCUCUUCUGCCAGACUGAACAGGUUUGUGUGUGUCAGUUCUGCACAGAGACAAACCACAAGUUCCAUUCUGUUGUACCUCUAAAGGAGGAAUAUGAAGUGAAGAUGGCCCAGCUGGUAAAGAUAGAGUCUGAAGUUCAGCAGAUGAUCCAGGAGAGGCAACAAAAGAUUCAGGCGAUCAAAGACACAGUAACACUCAGCAGAGCGGAUGCAGACAGAGAGAUAGCCGACGGUGUUGAGGUCCUCACUGCACUGAUGCGCUCUAUUGAAAAGUGCUCUGAUGAUCUCAAACAAACGGUUAAAGAGAAACUGAAAUCCAAGGAGAAACAAGCUGAAGACCUCAUCAAAGAGCUAGAGCAGGAAAUAGAAGAUCUGACCAAUAGAAGAUCAGAGGUGAAGCAGCUCUCACAAAGUGAAGACCACCUCCACUUCCUGCAGAACUUAAGAAUCCCAAAGGAUCCUCCUCCCACCAGGGACUGGACAACGGUGGAGGUCUGGCCCCCGUCAUACGUAGGCACCUUGAAGAGAUCCCUGGAUCAGCUGAAGGAGACACUUUACAUGGAGAUGAAGAAGGUUCCUGGCAUGAGAUCAGCUCUAAUGAAGUAUUCCUGCGAACUUACACUGGACCCAAACACAGCCCACAGAUAUCUCUCCCUGUCUGAGGACAACAGAAAGGUGACGCUGGUUGAGAAGUAUCAGGCGUAUCCUGAUCAGCCACAGAGAUUUGAUUCCCAGUACCAGGUGUUGUGUAGAGAGGGUCUGACUGGCCGCUGUUACUGGGAGGUAGAGAGGAAAGGAGAUGUUGAUAUAGGAGUGACAUACAGAGGAAUCACAAGGAGUGGAGAGGGUGAUGACAGCAGGCUUGGAGGGAACAACAAGUCCUGGAGUCUUUAUUGUGAUGAUGGUGGUUACUAUUCCCGGUAUAAUGGUACUAAAACAGUCAUACAUGUCCAUCCCGCUGGCUCUAACAUAAUAGGAGUGUAUCUGGACCGGCCUGCUGGCACUCUGUCCUUCUACAGAGUGUCCCCAGAUGUAGGAGGGUCCUCAGACACACUGACACACAUCCACACCUUUCAGUCCACCUUCACCCAGGACCUCUACCCUGGAUUUAGGUUUGAGUGGUCUGGUUCCUCAGUGUCUUUGUGUUAAAACACACGCAAACACACACACACACACACACACACACACACACACACACACACACACACACACACACACACACACACACACACACACACACACACA